GUUUUCAUGGCCUGCAUACUUUUAGGGCAAAAGCUUGGUAUUGCGUGUUACAACGCCGGAACGCAACAGCUGGUGACGACGGAAACCUGGGAAGAGUCAGCGUCAGGAGAAUUUCCAACUAUACAGCUGUUAAAAUUCCAGGAGCAGCCAACAGUCAUAAUCGCAAGCACUAAAGCAGACAAGGCCUUUCUUAAUGCCUUGACAACACCAGUUGAGGAAGGUGGAAGCAUUUUUUUUGUGAAGACUGUUAAAAGCAACCUUUUCAGUUAUGAGCACGCUCAGAACAGACUUACGUUCUUACAGUGGAGCGGCAUGCCCCAGGGGUUGAAUGCAACUCAGAGGUUGCAACUUCUCAACACCAAGAUCAGGCUGGAGGACGAUGUGCAAGUCAGAGCACUGGGUGCUCUGCUCACGGUACUUCAGCAAGAAAUGAUAUUGGACAAUGUUGAGGUCACUGACAAUGACGGAGACUCUACUUCUCUUGGAGUUCGGAUAGGCAGCAUUUCCCAACUGAAUUUAGAUGGUUUUUUGUCAGUGGACGCGUGGACCCUAAACAGCUUGCAGAUAUUUCAGAGCGACAAGCAUCCCAGCCCUAUGGGCAUCGGCAAGACUAAAGAAGGAUUCUCUGUGUUUGGAUUGCUGAAUAAGUGUGUGACAGCUGGAGGACGAAGCAUGCUUAGGAUGUGGUUUCUGCGCCCAAUUGUGGACUUGCAAGUGAUUCAAGAUCGACAUCAAACAAUAUCAUUCUUGUCAUCCUUUCCCGAGCUGCUCACAUCUCUGCACUCUUUCCUUCAACAUGUGAAGGACAUUCCAAAACUGUUGAUGAAGUUGAAAUCAGCAACCACAAUCGUUACCCGUAAGGACUGGCUUCAGCUACUUGAGUCUGUGAGCUACCUGCUUGAAGUCCGCGAAGUGUUUGAAGUUACUGUAGCACAGUGGCAAGCUGAGAAAAGUAGCAACUCUGCUUUUCCCCUUAUCCCAAAGGUCUUUGAAGCAUUCAGUGAUCAUCUGACCUACAUCAGGGAUUUGAUCAGUGGAGUUAUUGAAUUCGACCAAGUAUGUGGAACUUCACAAGAAACAAUGGUCGCGUAUGGCAUUUGCCAAGAGUUGGACGAGUUGAAACAGUUGUAUGAGGGGCUUCCCGACUUCUUAACAGAGGUUGUGCAAGAGGAGCUGAAGAAGAUGCCAUCUGGUUUGGCGGAAGCAUCCGAGUCGCCUUCAAUUGUCUACAUGCCUCAAGUUGGUUACUUGAUGCGUUUUGAAGGGCCACCGUUUUCUGACGAAGCAAUGGAGGGCCUUUUAGAUUAUCGGUUUGCGUUCGAAGGUGACAACGGUGAUGGCGCUGCUUCUUUUUACCACACGGAUAAGACCAGGGAACUAGAUCAGGUUCUUGGUGAUGUGUUCCACAAGAUCCUUGACAUGGAGAGUGUGAUUAUUCGUGAUCUUGAGGGCCGUGUCCUUGAACACUCUGAUGCUUUAACUGUGGCGUUUGCGGUGGCUGCUGAAAUUGAUUGUCUUGUUUCUCUGGCUCUUUCUGCUCGAGAAUUCAAUUUGAAGCAGCCACGACUAACCAAGGAAAACGUGCUGAAGAUUACGAAUGGAAGGCAUUUGCUUCAGGAGCUUGUGGUUGAUACGUUUGUUCCAAAUAACACCAGCAUCAACCAAGAUUCAGGCAGGAUAGUUGUCAUCACGGGUCCAAACUUCUCUGGGAAAAGCAUUUACGUCAAGCAGGUUUGUAUACCAAGUUGUUCUCGCUAUUUUUUAAAGAAAGCAUUUUCAAGAUGGUUCUUCUGCAGGUUGCUCUCAUUGUUUUUUUGGCCCAUGUGGGAAGUUUUGUACCUGCUGAAAGCGCAAUCAUUGGUCUCACGGACAG